GGGUCAAGUUAAAAUAAUUUAGACAAUAUAUACAUCUUUAUAUGUAGUCAAAUGUAUAUUCAAAUAUGAAACUCGAUGUACUCACGCAAUUCUUCAGGAAAAAAUGGGUUUUAUUUGAAACGAUCUUUAAUGUUUAGCUUUCUAAGAAGAAAGUUGUGUCUACCGCGUCUCCAUGGUAACAACCGGGCGUGAUGACGUACUAACACGUAGCCUUGACGUGCACUGCUCUUGAACGCAGCUCACACUACUAAUAGAACACUUUUAAACAAGCAAAUAAAACGUCUUUAUAUGUUCAAAGACUAAACAGCCCAAAGCUGUAGCUAGAUUUUUUUGUCUUCUAAACUUGGGUUUUUUGAUAUUUUCUCACGGUUCCCUCUGAUUUUCAUUGGAUUUUUAGUUUGACAAAAACGGAAAUAGAACCUGUGUUCUUGAACGCAGCUUAGUUUACGUUACCCGUCAGCGUAGCGGAAGGCGCAUGCUUACAUUGUUCACUUCCGGGCGGAUAACAAAACAGCAGCAGAAAACCUACCUGUGCUGCUGUGUUUUAUUCACUUCUUUGUGUUUUUAUUUUAUUUGAUCUGCUGUCACCAUGCGCGCUCCCGUGUUGGUGACGCUGUUUGUUUGUGUGCUGAGCGACGCGACGACGCGUCACUUCACUGAGGAGCAGAUGGCUGCUGUCAGACAGCGCAUCAAAUCAAUGUUCUACCACGCCUACAACAGUUACCUUGACAACGCAUUCCCCUACGACGAGCUCCGCCCACUCACCUGUGACGGACAGGACACCUGGGGCAGUUUCUCUCUCACUCUGAUCGAUGCUCUCGACACGCUGCUGGUGUUGGGGAACCGGACGGAGUUCCAGCGCGUGGCGUCGCUCCUCCAGGACACCGUGGACUUCGACAUCGACGUCAACGCCUCUGUGUUCGAGACCAACAUCCGAGUGGUCGGCGGCCUGCUGUCUGCUCACCUGUUGGCUGGUCGGGCGAAGAUGGAGCUGGAGCCCGGGUGGCCGUGUUCAGGGCCGCUGCUGAGGAUGGCUGAGGAGGCCGCAAGGAAACUGUUGCCUGCGUUCCAGACCCCCACCGGGAUGCCGUACGGCACGGUGAACCUGCUGAGGGGGGUCAGUCCCACCGAGACGCCGGUCACCUGCACUGCCGGCGUGGGCACCUUCAUCCUGGAGUUUGCCACGCUGAGCCGGCUGACGGGCGACGAGGAGUUCGAAGAUGCCGCCCGCCGGGCCCUCAGGGCGCUGUGGAGGACCCGGUCCAACAUCGGGCUGGUGGGGAACCACAUCGACGUCCUCACUAAGAAGUGGGUCGCUCAGGACGCCGGCAUCGGGGCCGGGGUGGACUCCUACUUUGAGUACCUGGUGAAAGGAGCCAUCCUGCUGCAGGACGAGGAGCUGCUCCACAUGUUCCUGGAGUACGACCGGGCCAUCCAGAACUACACCCGCUUCGACGACUGGUACCUGUGGGUCCAGAUGCACAAAGGGACGGUCUCCAUGCCCGUCUUCCAGUCUCUGGAGGCCUUCUGGCCCGGCCUGCAGUCUCUCCUGGGGAACCUGGACAGCGCUGUGAGAACGUUCCAGAACUACUACUCGGUGUGGAGACAGUUUGGAGGUCUUCCCGAGUUCUACAGCAUCCCUCAGGGUUACACGGUGGACAAGAGGGAGGGGUACCCGCUGAGACCGGAGCUGAUCGAGAGCGCCAUGUACCUGUUCAGGGCGACGGGCGACCACACCUACCUGCAGCUGGGCCUCGAUGCGCUGGAGUCCAUCGAGAAGAUCACCAAGACGCCCUGCGGAUACGCCAGCGUGAAGGACCUGCGAGAUCACCAGCUGGACAACCGGAUGGAGUCCUUCUUCCUGGCUGAGACCAUCAAGUACCUCUAUCUGCUCUUUGACCCCGCCCACUUCUUGCACGGCGGGGGGACGGAAGGGGACGGCUCCUGGGAGGAGGGUGGCGAGGGGGGGGGUUGCGUUCUUGGGGCGGGCGGCUUCAUCUUUAACACGGAGGCCCACCCUCUGGACCCGGCGGCGCUGCACUGCUGCGGGCGCCACGCCCGGGACCGCCAGGAGCUCCGGGACGUUCUGCUGGGCCUGAUGCAGCCAAGCGGCCAACCGGAGCGCGGGCGGACCGAGGCCCCGCCUCCCGCCCCGCCUCCCGGCCCAUUAGAAGACCCGCCUCCCGGCCAAUCGGAGAGCAUCGUUUUGAAGCCGGGCGAGAGGAAAACACCCCUGCUGUCCUGCCCUGUUCAGCCCUUCAGCGCUCGACUCGCCGUCCUGGGACAGGUUUUCUCCGACGACACCUGAAUGCACCGUGUGAGCCUUCCAGAUGUGUGAGCGUUCCAGAUGUGUGAACACUCCAGAUGUGUAAGCGCUCCAGAUGUGACGAACAAUAGUUCAUGAAGCAGGUUUUUGCGUUUUGUGAAGCAGCGAAACAAGAACUCAAACUGUGACUUUGUAAUUUAAAAUGAAAGUUAAAUAUAUUUGUAUCUAUUUGU